AUGGCCGAUAAAGAUGGAUCUGGUACAAUAUCGAAAGAUGAAUGUCGUCAAUUGCUUAAAAAUUCUUUUAAUACAAAUGUAUCAGAAGAUAUUUUCGAUAUCUAUUUUGAAGAGGCAAAUAAAAAUGAUGACGGAAAUUUGACAUCAGAUGAAUUUCUACAAUUCUUUCGUUUAUUAACUCGUCGUAAAGAUCUCUAUAAAAUAAUGCAACAAUAUGUUAAAAAGGACGACAAUCAAUCAAUGGAUACUAUUUAUAUGGAUACUAAUGAACUUUUAUAUUUUCUUCAAAAUGUUCAAAAUCAAAAAAUAAUAGUUUAUCAGUUAAAACAAUGCAAUGUGGAUUAUUCAAUUGAAUCAAUUGUUACAUGUAAACAAGUACAAGAAUUAAUUAAUGAAUUUGAACCCAAUAUCGAUUUCAAAGAAAAAGGUCAACUUAGUCUCAAUGGUUUUCGAAAUUUAUUAUUAUCAGAUGAUUUUUCUCUCAUGAAACCAUGGUGUUCUCGUCUUAUUUAUCAAGAUAUGACAAGACCAUUAGGUGAUUAUUAUAUUAAUACAUCCCAUAAUACUUAUCUAUUUAAUAAUCAAUUAUAUGGUGAUAGUAAUCCUGAAGCAUAUAAUCGUGCAUUACAUGCUGGAUGUCGUGCAGUUGAAAUUGAUUGCCAUGAUGGUAAUGAUGGUCGACCAAUAGUUAAACAUGGCUAUACACUUGUUAGAUCAUGUUUAUUUGAAACAAUUAUUCGUUUAAUAGAACCUAACCUUUUUAAAACAUCACCAUAUCCAAUUAUACUUGAUAUUGAAAAUCAUUGUUCAAUUGAACAACAACAUGAAAUGGCUCGUGUUUUACGAGAGGUUUUUGGAGAUCGAUUAAUCAGUGAACCUUUAUUGACAAAUAAUUCAUUAGUAUUACCAUCACCAGAAGAUCUCAAAUAUAAAGUUCUUCUUCGAACGAUUGCCCAUGAUUUAUCCAAUCUAUUUGUUUAUUUACAAAAUGUACCCUAUCGUGAAUAUGAAUAUGCAAAAGAAUAUUAUCUGUGCUUUCAUUCGACAAAUCUUGCUGAAAAAAUCUUUGAUCGAAUAGUACAAAGUAAUCCAAUGGAUUUAAUUAAACAAACAGCAACAAAUUCACUUCGCAUGUAUCCAGAUGGUUUAAGACAAGAUUCAAGUAAUCCAAAUCCAAUCAAUGCUUGGAAUUGUGGUAUACAAAUGGUUGCAUUAAAUUAUGAAAAAGAUGAUCAAAUGAUGUCAUUAUUAUAUGGAAAAUUUAUUGAUAAUGGUGGAUGUGGUUAUAUACUUAAACCAGAUUAUUUAAUUGAUAUUGAUAAAUCAAAAUUUAAUCCAUUCAAUUAUUUAAAAAAACCAUUAUCAUUAUCAGAAACUAUAAAUGAAAAUCCUCAACGUUUAACAAUAACUAUAAUUAGUGGUCAAUUUUUAUCACAAUCAAAUGAAAUAAGACCUGAUAUACCCGAUUUCUAUGUUGUUAUAUCAACACAUGGAAUACCAUGUGAUAAACAAUCACAACAAACAAAAUUUAUAGAAAAUAAUGGAUUUGAUCCGAUAUGGAAUGAAACAUUUGAAUUUGAUAUUGAUUUUCCAAAAAAGUGUCUUGUUUGUUUUGAUAUUUAUGAUUAUAAUAGCUUUACAAAACAUGAUAGAUUUGCUUAUUUUUGUUUACCAAUGACAACUAUGCAAACAGGUAAUAUUCAAUUAAAUAAAUAA